AUGGUGCUUCCAGCAGAGGAGUGCCAUCACCCCUUUGGGGACUUUGGGCAGCUGUCCUCGUGGUCUUCCCCUCCUGCCCUGGCCCAAGGUCCCACCUUUGUGUCCUUGUCUGUGCUGUCCCUGAAGUGUGGGCUGGACCCAGCAGCUUGCUUCUGCUUGAAUGGAACAGAGGGCUGCUGGCAGGUGGGCGGAACCGAGGUGGUCCGGAGCAGCAUGGUCUUCUCCAAGGUCUUCCCGCUGGAGCACUGCUUUGAGGAGGCGCAGAAGCUGCGCUUUGAGGUCUACAACACCCAUGGGCCCAGCAGCCUCAGCUACCAGGAUGACGACCUCCUGGGGGGCAUGGAGUACACCUUGGGGCAGAUCGUGGCCCAGAAGAAGGUGACCCGAGCACUGUUGCUGAAGUUCAGCAGGAACGCCGGCAAGUCCCCUAUCACGCCUCGGCGCUCUCCCUCCGCCCGGGUGAUAGCCGGGGACAUCUCUGGGAACAACGGCCAUGUGGAGCUCUCCCUCCAUGCCAGGAAGCUGGAUGACAAGGACCUCUUCAGCGAGCCGGACCCCUUCCUGGAGCUGUACCGGAUCCACGAUGAUCAGCGUGAGCUGCUGGCGUACAGGACGGAGGUGGUGAAGAGCGACCUGAGCCCCACCUGGCAGCCUUUCAAGGUGUCUCUGAGCAGCCUGUGCAGCUGUUAGGAGCUUCAGCCUCUGAAAUGCCUCGUCUGGGAUUAUGACUCCCGCGGGAAGCAUGACUUCACCGGAGAAUUCUCCACCACCUUUGCGGAGAUGCAGAAUGCCUUCGGGGAGGACCAGGCCCAGUGGGACUAUGUGAGCCUCAAGUACAUGCAGAAGAAGCACAGUUCCAAGAACUCGGGGGUGGUCAUCCUGGCAGACCUGAAGGUCUACAGGGUGUACUCGUUCUGGGACUACAUCGUGGGUGGCUGCCAGAUCCACUUCACUGUGGCCGUUGACUUCACGGCCUCCACUGGGGACCCCAGGAACAGCUGCUCCCUGCACUACAUCAACCCCUUCCAGCCCCACGAGUCGCAGGCCCUGGCGGCUGUGGGCGAGACCUGCCAGGACUACGACAGUUGUGCCAGCCCACCGCCUCCCAGGCUCUGCGAGGAGUGUGGGUGUCCCACGACUUUGCCAUCAAUUUCAACCCCGAGGGCGAUGAGUGUGAAGAUGCACUGGGCACCGGGCCAGGCUGGACCAGAGUGUGUCCUUUCCAAACUCUGUUCCUUGAAUCUCAGCGACUCUUCAGGGCGUGGGAGCCCCUUCCUACCCAGGGCCCACAGACCUCUCCUCCUCCGGCCUCAGACCUGGGUCAACCCCAGCUCCCCCAGCCUCGGUCUCCCCAUCUGUAAGGUGUGGCCGUUCCAGUAUUCGCCUCAGGGUCAAAGAGAGCAUGUGCUCACGGUUCAUUGUGAUUGCGUGUGUGUGUGUGUGCGCGUGCGUGUGUGGGUUACGCUUCAGCAAAUACGCCAUCUGUACUACAUCCUGCUGAUCCUGACAGACGGCGUGGUGGCCAACACGGCGGACACGCGUGAGGCCAUCAUGCGCGCCUCCCACCUGCCCGUGUCUAUCAUCGUGGGGAUGGGCAACGCCGACUUCACCAACAUGCAGGCCCUCGACGGCGAUGACGGUGUCCCGCGCUCCCCACGGGGCGAGCCUGCCCUCCGUGACGUCUUGCAGUUUGUGCCCUUCCGGGAGCUCAAGAGCAGCAGGGUCACACCGGCCCAGAGGGGCCCACCUGUGCCACCCGCAGUGCCAGCGCGGACGGACUGCCCAGCAACCGCGGUCUCAUCGUUAACACAGGCUCACCCGGCCGCCCACUGGGUGUCCCCUGCGGCGCUGGCCAAGAGUGUGCUUGCCGAGGUGCCCAGGCAGCUGGUUGAGUAUUACAGCCACAAGGAAUGCCUCUGAGAGACCUCGGCGAGACCAGCCCGGGCUCCGCUCCGUGAGGACACACGGUGGGGGGCCGGCCAGGACUGUGUCCACCAUCUGUCUCUAGCACCCUCCACCCCGACUCCCCAGGGGCCUCCCGUCCCCCAGCCUACACCCACCAUUGGCUCCGGUGACCCUGCUGCCUGGUGGGCCAGCCUCCCUCCGGGCCCCAGGACUGAAGGAGGGACAGGUCCCCCUGGGCACGCCUGACCCUGCCUGAGCCUGGUGGGUGGGGGAGGGGAUCUGGGGGAUUCCUGCUUUGCAUCUGAUCUUCAUGGGGGAGGGGGCAGCAGGCAGCGCCCUGUCUCUGAGAAAACCCAGACCCCCCCGGACACCCAUCCCUGUAGCCAGAUUCCUCUUUGUCCCAGCUGCAUCCCCUUGUCUCUCGGUGUCUGUGGGGUCUCUGGGGUUGGGGGCAGGAGGCUUAGGCAGAAUAAAGUGUC